AUGGGAAUAGGACAUAUUACCAUAGCAGGGCACCCGGCCAUCAUGUAUGGGUACCUGAAAUUGGGACCUGGGAUAAGGAUUAUCAUUCGGGUACUGACCUCAGGACCGGCGGCGCAUCGUUAUCCAGUGUUCGGAUGGUGUCCGGUGUCCGUGUUCAGUGCACGUAACCACCAACGCAGCCUUUGGACGAUGGACGCAGAACCCGCGACACUUUUCGCACAUUUAGAACGAAUGCGAAACGGCGUUUCCACGGGACGAAGCACACAGCGGACGCGCGCAAAGGCGACCGUCGGGCGUCGAGUUAGCGGGCGCGGACGCGGUGAAAAAUAUAAAACAAUAUUAUCGAGAAACGAAAACAAAGAGUCUACGUUGUCGAGUGUGCCAUUAUCAUGGCCGCCGCCAUAUUGCUACAACAUUCCGAUGUCCCCCCCACCGCCGGGAGAUAAUUAA